AUGGGAAAACUAAAUUUAUUGUUCGGUAAGAAAAAACGUUCUUCUAAUGAUAACGAAAGCCCUGUCACUCCAAUACCAUCGACUCUAACGAAAAAUGGGACCCCAAGACUAUCUUUGGAAUAUUCUAAAUCCGAAUUUAUUAUUCCGGUGCCAAAAGCGAUUUCUCCUCCACCUUCGGUACAAGCUCAAAAAGAACAAAAAAAUGACGCUCUUUUAGAUGAAAUAUUAAGCGAGUUGAGCUUAGUGGGAACAAAAUUCGUACUUCUUCACGAUCUUCAGGAGCCUAAGAAAUUAAUGCAAAAAAGUAAGAGGCAAUUGAAAGAUAGUAGUGAGGAUUCCACAUCCGAAGCUUCUGAUUCUAAUAUUAAAGGAAAUGUAAUAAGACGUGUUAUUCCAAAUAAUGUUAACGAAGGAAUUCCUGUCAUUCAGCAUAAAAAUGAGAUUACCCAAAAAAUUGUAACUGUAGAAGAUUGGGUUCAAGAUGUAAAUCCAUGUGAUGGUGUAAAUAAUGUACUUGAUAGAAUGAAGGAUAGGCAUCGUAUGGAGGCAAGAGCGCCACAUUUGUCGCCACCACAACUGCAACAACAAUUAUAUAAUUAUCCAGAUGAUGAUAGAUAUGAUCGUAACGGAAGAUACGAAAGAGAACCUCUUGAUCGUAUUCAUGAUGAUUAUCGUGAAAGAGAUGAUUAUAGACAACCAAGAGACGAUUAUAGGCAUCCAAGAGACGAUUAUAGGUAUCCAAGAGAUGAUCCCAGGUAUCCAAGAGAUGAUCCCAGGUAUCCAAGAGAUGAUCCCAGGUAUCCAAGAGAUGAUCCAAGAAAUCCAAGAGAUGAUCCCAGAUAUCCAAGAGAUGAUCCCAGAUAUCCAAGAGAUGAUCCCAGAUAUCCAAAAGACUAUCCGAGAGAUGAUUAUAGACAUCCGAGAGAUGAAUAUCGAUAUGUUCAUGAUGAUUCGGAUUAUCACUAUCAUGGGUCUCGUCAAGUUGGAACUGGUGGUCGUAAUGACAAUUUAUAUCCUAUAGAAAAUAAAAUAUCGAGAGAAAAACUUCGAAAUAAUAACACUGCUACCGUUCGAUUUAGGAAUAAAACUCCUAGUGUCGCUUCUGAUGAUCAUUCACCUAAUAUAAAGCGAUAUUAUGAUAAAUCUUCACAACAAAUACCAUCUAGCAGUCACAAAUCUCCAAAUCCUAAUGUAAAAAUACGCCCUAGUGUGAAUGUAUCUCCUCCCUCCAUAGAUGAUUCACGUUCUAGACGUUCCUCAAUGUCUUCAAGAAGUGAUGUUCGAGAAAUGGUUUACGAUCGUUCGAGAAUGUUCAAAUCUAAUAAAUAUAGGUCUAGGAAUGAAUCUGAUGAGCGUUUAUCAAGAAAUGAUUCUAUAAGGAGUAAACGAUCUCAUACUUCUUCAAUUUCUUCAAAGUCUAGUUCACUUAGUGAGCGCGUUAAUAAUGAUAUAAUACGUAGAGAACCAAUUAAUAGGCAUUUAGCAAUAUCAAAUAAUUUAGCAAAUCGUGCAUCAAUUCUUUCUAUAGAUAGUGACAUAGUUCCUUUAGGUAGAAAAUACGGUUUAAAUGGUUUAAAUUUACCAAAUGCAAUUAAUGAAGAUGCUAGCGAUUCACAAUCUAUAUCUUCAAAUCGUGAAAGUGUUGCAAGUAGUAGUACUAGUUUCAAAAUAUCUAAUUCAAGACGAAAAAACAUCCCCUCAUCUAGGCGUUAUGAUUUGCGUCCAGGUCCAAUACCAAGGCAUAAUAAUGGUCACAAUGGAUACCGAGAACGUGAGGAUCCAACUGGUCGAUAUUUUCAUGAUGAAUUACCACCACCACCACCUCGAUAUAAUACAUAUCAAUAUCGUGAUGAUCGAUACCCUCCUAAGCAACUUCCGUAUGAUAUGCCCCGUUCAAAAUAUGGUUAUCCACCACCACCUCAACCAACGCCGCCUUCAGAUCCUGCAUUAAACCCCAAUAAAAAAGUACCAUUAAUAGAAAUGGCUGGUUAUCGGUAUGAUCAGACAAAACGUACAGCGAACCAACCAUUUAUGGCAAAAGAUUCUCAUCCUCGGCCAUUUUCACCCGAAGGCUCACAUAGAGGUGGUUAUUUUCCAAGAGAUCGUGGAUAUUUAUCGCAGGAACGAGAAUAUCUACAAUCACAGGAAAGAGAUGAAUAUAAUCCAUCUGACAGAGUUUACUCUUCACGAUUUUAUGAUCGUGGUGAUAGACGUGAGUAUGAUCGUGAACGUGAUGGAUAUGGUGUCGACAGAUAUGAUAGAUAUAAUGAUAGAUAUAAUGAAAGAUAUAAUGAUAGGUAUAGUGAUAGGCAUAGUGAUAGGCUUAAUGAUAGAUAUUGA